AUGCAUCCCCGCAAGAACUCAAAAUGGAGGCAGCCUGUCAAAAGUGGUGGGGAGAAUAUUGAAGAGAAAAGGAACAAGGAUUCCAAUGCUCGAGCGCUAUCGAACGACAACUUGAACCAAACAUUCUUUGACGAUGUAUGGGAUGAGAUGAUCCUCUUGUACAAAGGACGGGUCGCCAGUCUCUUUCAAGCAAGUCUUUUACGCUAUCAUCUCUUUAUUGUCCAGCAAAUUCCAAGUUGGCUCAGGUCUCAACAGAAGCGCUGA